UAAAUCGCCUCCACCCUUCACCCAAUCCACCCCAUCUACAGCAGAAGAACAUGGUACUGUUCCUCCGGCCGCUCACCAUAACCGCUGCGGCGGCGCUUCUCCGCGCCCCCACCACGUCGAUUCCUACCUUCGUUGCUCCUGGUAGAGCAGCCGGCGGUAGGCGCUGGAGGAGUGUGAGGGUCAGCGCGGGCGGCGGGGGUUGGCUGUCCGGCCUGCUGGGCGGGAAGGGCGGCGGCGGUGCGCCCACGGCGAUGACGGUGACGCCAGGGACCGUGAAGGCCGGCGACCCCGUGCUUCACGAGCCAGCGCAGGAGGUGGCUUCGAGGGACGUGUCCUCAGAGAAGGUCCAGGGCAUCAUCGACCAGAUGAUCGCCGUCAUGCGCAAGGCCCCCGGCGUCGGCCUCGCCGCCCCACAGAUCGGCGUCCCCUUGAAGAUUAUUGUCCUGGAGGACACCCAAGAAUUCAUCAGCUAUGCUCCCAAGAAGGACAUUGAAGCGCAGGAUCGCCGCCCCUUUGAUCUUCUUGUUAUUAUCAAUCCUAAGCUUAAGAAGACGAGUAAAAGAAGUGCAUGUUUCUACGAGGGAUGUCUGAGUGUUGAUGGAUAUAGGGCGGUCGUUGAGCGACAUUUAGAUGUUGAGGUUUCGGGUUUGGACCGAAAUGGACGCCCCAUUAAGGUGGUGGCUUCAGGAUGGCAGGCACGCAUCCUGCAGCAUGAGUGUGAUCACCUUGAAGGCACUUUGUAUGUUGACAAAAUGGUUCCCAGGACAUUCAGGACGGUUGAUAACUUGGAUCUUCCGCUUGCCACUGGAUGCCCUCCUUUAGGUGCACGAUAGCGUUCAUGCCAUUCCAAUUCUCUAUUCAAGUAUAGGCAUUUAAGAACUCCACUACAAUCAGGAGUUCCGGACAACGGUGUUACAGCUCAUAGAUUAGAGGGAGAGAGAUGGCGCAGCUGGCUGGAGGUGUUCGUAUGGCUGGGUUUAGCGGAUGGUGCAUCUUGGAUUUAGAGGGAGAGAUGGGAGAAACUAGGGCUAAAUUCUAGUCGGCCUUUGUUUGAUAUCUAGGAAUCUCCUUAUAUAGAUAGGUGGAGAACCCUUAAAAUCAUGGAAUGCAAACUUUUAUGUUUGGAAUUUAGUAAGUCCUAACUUGGGGUCAAGAAGGCAGAUGCGCCUUCCCUGGUGUGGCCUUGUCAGCUGAGCGCAGCAAGAGGUGGCUCUUCUUCUUGUA